CCCAGCCUGGCUCUGAAGGAGAAGGGCCUGUGGGCCAGGAAGCACGGCUGUGGAGCAGCGGAGGGAGAGACAAAAUCCUUCAGUGCCGCAAGUAAAGCCUUUCCGUCUCUCUCUGGAGCUGCCCAAGAAAGCUGGAUCCUGGAGAUCUUUGCUCAGUGAUGUGGCUGUUGGGAGGCAGUCUUCUGCUUCUCCUGCAACAGCAAUGCUAGUGCACCCACACAGCUGGAGUGAGGAGCUCUCGGUCUGCACAGGAGUGAAUCCUGAGCUCCUUGGCUCAGCUUAGCAGUGCUGGUGGCUAUGGAGUGAGCGGUACAGGUGGUGUUCCAGGUGCACAGCAGGAGGCUGGAGCUGGCUGCCCAAGCCCUGAUGCUCCCUGUCCUCGUGCUCUUUGCAGCUCGUGUGCCUCACCUCUGCCAUGAAUGAUGCAUCGACGAUGGAUUAUGAACUGCUGUCCCCGUCCUUGGUUGAGCACCCGGCCAGCACUGCGGGCAUGGAUGCCGAGCAGAAAACCGUCUUUGCCUUUGUCAUCUUCCUCCUCGUCUUCUUGGUGAUGCUGAUGGUGCGCUGCUUUCGCAUCCUGCUGGACCCCUACAGCCGCAUGCCUGCCUCCUCCUGGACUGACCACAAGGAGGGGUUGGAGAGGGGCCAGUUUGACUACGCCUUGGUGUAGAGGGCAGGGAUGGGGCGAGCCUGGGUGCUCCGAGUGCCUCCCACCCCAGCUGGCCCCGGCCCCGGCCCCCCCUUCCUCUGUGGUGUUGCCCCGGGCCAGCAGGGAUGCCGUGGGCAGGGAGGCGAGGUCGGGCUCUUGUCUGGGGUGGGUUUUCUAGGGGUUUCUCUCUUUUCUAAGCACUUUUCAGUUCUCUUCGCAGCCUGCAGCACUCUCGGCAAGACGCAUCGGAGGGGUGACGUGACUCCCCACGGGUCUCGCUGCCCACCGUGCCCGGGGCAGUGCUGCGUGCCGCAGAGAG